AUGGAAAAAGCGAUCAGAGGAAAUGGGACCAUCUCAACUUUUUAUGAUUCUCGAGGGGAGUUGGAAAUUUGCGUGAAAAAUGAUAGAAAUGUGGGCUCUUUGGGUGUGUUUUAUGGUGAUAAUCCAUUCACUUUUGUGCUUCCUUCAACAUUAUGCCAACUCUUCGUCAUUAUCUUAACCAAUAGACUACUCUACUUUCUUCUAAAACCUCUAAGAACACCCAAAUUUAUCUGCAACAUCAUCGGUGGCAUUAUUUUGGGUCCAUCAUUUCUAGGGCGCAACAAGACUUUCAUGGAGGCAUUGUUUCCGGCAAGACAGUCCCAAUUUUUAGUGCUUACAUCUUUCAUUGGUAUUGCAUAUUUUGCCUUUAUAGUGGGACUAAAAAUGGAUACAUUGAUGACAUUAAGAGCAGCCAAACGCACAUGGAGAUUCGGAGUAGUUCCUUUCCUUUCUUCUAUUGCCAUCAUAUUAUCACUCUUAAGCCUUUCACCUGACCCAACCAACUUGUCUCAUAUAGAAUUAUUUAUUUCCCGUUUCAUGUUGAGUGUCACCAUGUCUGUGGCUAAUUUCCCUAUCAUAUGCGAAGCAUUGACUGAACUGAACCUCAUAGCCACAGAAUUGGGGCAGAUUGCUAUAUCUUCAUCCAUGAUAAAUGACAAUAUACAAUGGCUUUUUAUUCUGAUCAGCCGUAUUAUAUACACAAAUCAUGUGCAAAUGUCAAUUACGUAUUUUAGCGGUUGGGCAUUGCUUUUGAUUUUCAGCCUUUUUAUUUUAAAACCAGCCAUACAACUCAUUGUUCGCACAUCUCCAAUUGGGGAACCGGUGAAGGAGGUCUAUAUCGUUGUCAUACUUCUUGGUGUAUUGGUCAUGGCUUGUGUUAGUGACAUGACUGGUGCUGCCUUUACAAUGGGACCACUUCUUUAUGGUGCAGUCAUGCCGAGUGGUCCUCCCUUAGGAACAACGCUGGUGGAAAAGAGUGAAGUUAUCAUCACAGAGUUGUUUUUGCCUUUUUUCUUCGUGUCUAUUGGCAUGAAAACAAACUUAUAUUUUCUUCGCAAUUGGCACAAGUUUUUAACAUUACAAGGUAUAUUUGUUGUUGGGGACCUGACCAAGGUUGUUGCGUGUGUCUUGAUUUCUCUAACGUACAACAUUAAGGCUAAACAUGGCAUGGUGCUUGGCCUCAUGAUGAACAUAAAGGGCAUAACACAACUCAUAACUAUUGUUAGAUUGACGCAACUCACGUUGUUGAACGACGAAACGUUCAGUCACUUGGUGUGUUGUGUGGUGGUUAUGACAGCGAUGAUCACACCUUUGGUUAGCUUAUUAUAUAGGCAUAACCCACGGGUUCUAAAUGCAUCAAAAUUUAUUCAAGGGGGUUCAAUGUUGAAGAUCCAAAGUACUCCGAGAAAUUCAGAGCUUCGAAUCAUCACAUGUGUGCAUAAGGAAGGGAAUGUGUGUGGCAUCACUACACUGCUUGAAGCAUGCAACCCUGUGCUAGAAAGCCCCUUAUGUGUGUAUGUGAUUCACCUAGUAGAGCUAUUGGGAAAAAGUGCACCCAUUCUCCUUCCCAUAAACUACACCAAGAAUAAGAAAUUCUUGUCUGUUAAUUACCCCAACACCAACCACAUUACGCGUGCCUUUGAUAACUACUCUAGAAACUCGAGGGGUCCCGUCACUAUUAUUCCGUUUGUGAAUGUUGCACCUUACAAGAGCAUGCACAAUGCGGUGUGCAACCUUGCACAUGAUAACAUGGUACCUCUCAUCAUCAUCCCAUUUCACGAAAAUGACCACAUUGACUUUGAUGGCCAUGUCGCCAUAUCUGUCCGCAAAUUGAAUGCCGCAUUUCAAGACCACGCACCUUGUACAUUAGGGAUCCUUGUUGACAGGUUCUCGCAGCUUGGUACAAGUAAGGACCUUCUUUCCAAAACAUACUUUCAUGUGGGCAUAUUCUUCAUAGGUGGGCCAGAUGACAGAGAAGCAUUGUCGUUGGGUAUUCGAAUGUCAGAGCGAGCGAGUACAAGGGUAUCUUUGUUUCGGUUUUCCGUGAUGAAUAUGAAACGAUUUGGGAGUGGAGAAGGACAAGAGGAGGAGGAGAAGGAUCACGCGGAGGAGCUAUUGGAUGAGAGUUUAGUUGAUGAAUAUAAGAGCACGAGAUUUGGGAGUGGUAAUGUUUCUUGGUAUGAUAUCAAAGUUGAGGAUGGAACAGAAGUGUUGGAAGCAAUUCGUGGUUUGGAAGGGAGCUACGAUCUUGUGAUAGUAGGGAGGCGACAUAACAUGGAAUGUUUUAAUGAUGAUGAAAUGGGAUCUUUCAUAGAAAAUGAUGAUAUUUUGGGUAUUCUUGGGGACAUGUUGUCCUCAACGGAGUUUGGUAUGGGGAUGGUUCCAGUUUUAGUGACACGGUGUGGUGGGGAUAGGGAAUGUAAACUUGAAAGAGAAGGUUCAAUUAAUAUUUCCAAGAGUAAGCUGGCU